AACGCAGGGCGGAGAGCAGAUUUCCGAUCGUCCACGAAGCGGAUUAUGGCUCCAGUUCUGCUGCGUCUCCUGCAACAACACAUCCUCAGCUGAUCCGGAGGAUUCCCUCUACGGGGAAACAAACGAGCCAAACAUAUGCCCAACUCAGCACAGUAGCAUGGAUUUCAACGUCAAAAAACUGGCCUCUGGUGCAGGGGUUUUCUUCACCCGGGCAGUGCAGUUUACAGAGGAGAAACUUGGCCAGGCGGAGAAGACCGAGCUUGAGCCUCACUUAGAAAUCCUGAUCACUCGGGCUGACAGCACCAAGAACUGGACUGAAAAGAUCUUAAGACAAACGGAGGUGCUCCUGCAGCCCAACCCAAUUGACCACACAGGUGCUCGAAUAGAGGAGUUCAUCUAUGACAAGCUGGACAAGAAGCUUCCCUCUAGGACGACCAACUCAGAACUGCUGGGCCAGUAUAUGUUGGAAGCUGCCAAUGAAUUUGGUCCAGAUACACCAUAUGGCAGUACACUAAUUACAGUGGGAGAGUACCAGAAGAGACUUGGAGAUGCUGAACGUGAGUUCCUCCAAACUUCAGCUGUCACUUUCCUUACCCCAUUACGCAACUUCCUGGAUGGAGACUGGAGAACUAUAUCAAAAGAGCGGCGGCUUCUGGAGAAUCGACGGCUGGAUCUUGACAUCUGCAAGGCACGCCUGAAAAAAGCCAAGCAGGCGGAAGCCAAAGCAGCAGCUGCACCUGAUUUCCAGGAGACAAGGCCCAGAAAUUAUGUUCUUUCAGCCAGUGCAUCAGCGCUUCUGAGUGAGGAAGUGGACAAAGCAGAACAUGAGCUUCGUGUUGCUCAGACAGAGUUUGAGCGACAAGCUGAGGUGACCAGACUGCUGCUGGAAGGCAUUAGCAGCACACAUCUCAACCACUUGCGUUGUCUGCAGGAUUUUGCCGAGGCUCAGGCCACAUAUUAUGCACAGUGUCAUCACUACACGCAGGACCUACAGAGGGAGCUUAACAGAUGUGCAAAUGCUGUCAACACCUCUCACUCCUCUGCUGCUGUCUGCCCCAACCCUAACUCCUGUUUUUUACCGUCUGGACCAUCAUCUGAGCCAGUGAUCAGCCAGAGUACCAGCACACUGGUAGUGGAGCAGACACAGACUGCCACAGGAACCAGAAAGGCCAAGGUCCUGUAUGACUAUGAUGCCCACGAUGCCACUGAGCUUUCCCUCUUGGCUGAUGAGCUCAUUACUGUAUACACUGUACCAGGAAUGGAUCCUGACUGGUUGAUUGGAGAACGGGGGAAUGAAAAAGGCAAAGUACCAGUCACAUACCUUGAAUUGCUGAGCUAAUGGACCAAGCAACACAUUUUAUUGUCAUAUGUGUGCAUUGUGCACACUUACUGUGUCAGGUGCGGUUUGUGCCCUUUGUGUAUCAGAGUAAGUCUGGGUUACAGAGGUAACCACUGCACUGAAAGAUUUAUUGAAAUUUAUUGAAAUUGUGAAGCCUAGAAGGCCAUUUAAAAAUACUAUGUUGGUAUAGUCACUCCUCAAAUACUCUUCCAGCCACAUGGAUCAACCAAUAAUACGUCUGCAUUAUCUUAAGCCCGUCAAUAGGUCUCCUGGAAUCGUGAAUCUGCACAGACACUAUAUGACAUUAUUUAGGGAAACUGCAUUGCAGCAACUUGGUGUAAUUCAAUACUUAGCCGUGAGGGAAAAAAACUAAAACAGAAUGUUUGAGCAGUUGAAAUGCCACUUUUAAUAUCUGUCAACUAAGCUAACAUUAGCCUCAAGGGCAAGAAUAUUUACCCUUGUUUGGCUACACCAUCAUCUUUUCUGGGUCUCUGUAGACAUGUUCUGAUGUAAUGAUUCAGAUUAUAAAUCCGUAGUAUAAUACAUAUAGUUAUAGCCUGAACCCAGUGUUACUUGGUGACCCAUCUUUUUGUAUACAUUUGAAAUAGAUUCAUCUUUCUUUUUGGAAAUCCUCAUAGAGCAGUAUUAAUUUUUAAACCACUUUGAAGGUUUUGCAGUAAUCAGCUGUCAAUCAUCUUUUAGAAAGUCAGCAUGGUUAUCUGACAAAAAUCUGUGCUGAUACACAGUGGGCCCAAACUGUUUUCUGAUUCUGAUCUGAAACACUUAUACAACUGCCUGUUGGGAACAUUUCAAUAAAUACAGAUGAAUAAGAGGAAGUAACAACAGCAAGCACACCGUUUAAUUUAGUGAAGUCUCAUAUUACAUACUUCUGCUCAUACCAAUAAUGUGGAUCUGCACUCUGAUUUGGCAAUUUUUGUGUGAAAAUUGCAACCCAGUUCUUGUAAAUGUUACACUCAUUAAACAGUUAAAGACCAAGAUGGGGCCAUUUGUGUUGAAGAUCGAUAAUCGAAAUUCACUCUUUUGUUGUGCAGUAAAGCUGAUUUAUACAGGCACGGAAUGUAAAACAUUUCAUAUCAUAUUCAUUUCUUAUAUAGUAUGCAUAGGUGACUAGAUUUUUAGUAAGAAUAAAAUAAAUAAAAUAAAAUAAAAGACCUGCCCAGCUCACUUCCCCAUGAUGCUCAAAGGGUUAAGCAGGUUUAGCUAGUAUGCAUUUGCAAUGACCAUUGUAUCCUUCUUUUCAAUGAGACAUAUUCUGACAAAUGACAUUUAUUUUUUAAGGUAUACAUUGUCCAAUUAGUUCAAACACUUGCUCAAAGAACCCUUCCAAAUGGAUUUUAUCAUUCCAACUAAUAAAACUGGACACUACACUCUGACACUACUGGACUCAGUAGUGUCAGAGAGCUCCCAAAUGCUCUUAACUCAGAGAGUAUGUAGCUAGACAGGGCUAUCAGGCCAAAAGUGUAAAGUAAAGCUGGUGGUGCUGUGAAGAAUUUGACAUACAGUACAAUAAAUGUGGCAACAUAAAACAGUUAACAGUUAUUAUUAUCAUAAAAAAAUAAUGCUUCUUGUGAGAAAGUAGAGUUCUAUAUCACCAUAGAUGAUUAUUUGUAACUGACAGAAAAUUAUGUCAAACACUUAUUUGGAUAGUUCAGGACAUUGUGCAAUAACUGUGAGUCAUAGCUUUGUGUCAUUUGUGAAGAAAUCCUUCAUGUUAUUUCACAUACCACCAUGUCAAUAAAACAACCUAAAGUUUAAAGUAGCUUGGUAUAUGUGAUGUUAUAGCUGAUGAGUUUCCAGAAGAUGUUGAAUGUGACCUCCUAGCACUAAUAUCAGGCUAAUCUAAUAUGUCUGUAGGUACAUCAGAAAAAUGUAAACAUGUAUCUAUUUGUAAAUCAUCAUGGCAGUAGUUAGUGUGUUUAUGUGUGUAAUGAAUUUCACCCUAAACAAGUUGCUAGCAAUAUGUUUAAUCUUGCUGGGUUCAACCAUAAUUUUGUCUUGCUGGCCUUAAUAAUAACAGAUAAAUAGUGUUUUGACCUGGAAAUAAUGCUGCAAGACAUUGAUUCUCACUUUGAUUUAGUUAUGCGCAAAUUAAUUUGACUUCAGUCACAAACACCUUUCUUAAUAAAGGCAGUAACCGAAUGAAGUAAUAUUUCACUAAGUACCCACUUUUAUAUAUAUUUUAUGUGUGAACUCUUGAAAUGCAUGAAAUCUUGGGAACUUUGGAGGUUCACCAAUGCAAAUCUUUGUCUCCAACAUACAGUGUUGCAUAAUUAUGUGGAUUAGUGUUAAGUGUGGUUAGGAUCAUGGUUGUCUUCCCCUAAGUUUUAUUGAGUUGUCUUUCACCUUUCCUUUUCUGAAUGAGAUUUCCCAUCGAGGUCAGAGACAAGUGUUUCUGAAAAGACUUAGGACUACUAAACCACAACAGAAAUUUGAAAUACCCUAUUCCUUUUGUGUGUCAGUACAUUAAGUUCAGAUUUUCUGCUAUUCUUCAGAACUGUUACUUGUUGACUACAUGUUUUUAGGUUAAUGUGUUAUGAAAAUGAUUCUCAUUUUAAAAUGUUACUGACAUCACAUUCUUGUCACCCUCCAACCUUUGAUUGUCAAUAAACAUGCAUGUGUAUUAUCAUAUAA